UCUCACCAAAGAAAACAAGAUAAAUAACAAACAGUACAGAUAAAGAACUGGUGGAAAUGGUCUGCAGAUGAGUCUGGAAGCCCAAAAGGGCUGAUAUGAAAACCAAACCACAAAUAUAAGUUCAACAAAAAUAAAAGUUUGUUCAAUCAGUUAAACAAAGCAUAUUAAUUAGAAUUGUACAUCAUACACUCAGUAUACAAGACAAAUUUGAUUGAUUAUGUGUGAGAGUUAGGCUACAUGGAGGGGAUUAUUGGGUAGUGUAGUUUGAAUCAAUGCUAAACUCUCCCUCUGUCCUACUCUCUAGUGUCUCAACCCUGUCUACAGAUGCUGGCAGAUAGCAACAGGGAAACAUUCCAGAAAGAGUUUGCAUUGGAGCCUCACACAGGGAUCCCCUGGCAAGAGGGGCUUAGGAGAGGCUCCGCCCUGGAGGCAGAGAGUGACAGCUUUCUUGUCAGAGAGGAGGGAUACUACUUUGUCUACAGCCAGGUGUACUACAUGGACAGGAUCUUUGCCAUGGGUCAUGUGGUGAACAGGAAGAAGAGGAAUGUUGUGGGAGAUGAAGCUCAGUAUGUCACACUGUUCCGCUGUAUCCAGGACAUGAACCCUGUUUACCCAUACAACACCUGCUACACAGGGGGUAUAGUGAAACUGGAGGUCGGGGACAGGGUGGAGCUGCUGAUACCUCGCUCUACAGCCAAUAUUUCUCUGGAUGGAGAUUCUACUUUCCUGGGGGCCUUUAGACUGGUCUGACCCUGCCCAGGGGGGCUGAACCCGGGGCCUUUAGACUGGUCUGACCCUGCCCAGGGGGGCUGAACCUGGGGCCUUUAGUCUGGUCUGACCCUGCCCAGGGGGGCUGAACCUGGGGCCUUUAGACUGGUCUGACCCUGCCCAGGGGGGCUGAACCUGGGGACCUUAAGGGAUACAAACUGGGGGACUGGAAAUGGUGAGCUGGGAGAUACUGGCUGUGGUGGAGAAGAGAUAAUGGUUUUAAAUGUAAAAUAACUAAUGGCUUGUGGGUCUGGUAGCUACAUCAUCUUUUCUACUAUGAUGUCAACUGCUUUACAGUGUGACUGAGGGAUGGACGGACAGAUUCAUGGCCUAUGACUGGCUGAUGCAUUAUGUGACACCAGUGUCAUCACAAUGCGUGAUCUGAAAUGUUUGAGGCUUAUGUUGGCAGGUGGCUCAACAUUCAUUCAUGUAGACUCCUUUACACAUGUUGUUAUUGUCAUAUACAC